AAAUAAAUAAAUAAAAUACCCAUCGAAGCUCUUUUCUUCCUCCUUCCACACUUUUCAUCAAAGCAAAUUCCAUCUUACUGAAAACCCAUUCUUCCAUUUGAUUUGUUAUUAGAAAAAAAAACAAUUUUAAACAAUGGGUCCAGUAAAGCUUGCAAUUGCAGACAUGUUGAUUACUUUCAUGUGGAUUUUCUGUUCAUCAAUGUUUGGUUUAUUUACUUCUUGGAUAGCCACCGCCGUCGGCGUCGAAACGAUUUCUUGGGCCCCUAUUGUAAUCAUCACUGUCAUUAUUUUCGUUUUCGUUUUCAUCUUCACGAUUAUUGGUGAGUUUCUUGGUGGAGCUAGCUUUAAUCCCACCGGAAAUGCCGCAUUCUAUGCUGCCGGAGUCGGUGAUGAUAGCCUUAUCUCCAUGGCCCUUCGGUUCCCAGCUCAGGUUGUUGGUGCCGUGGGCGGUGCCGUUGCGAUCAUGGAGGUGAUUCCGGAGCAGUUCAAGCAAAUGAUAGUGGGACCAUCUCUGAAAGUAGAUACACAUACCGGAGCCAUUGCCGAGGGCGUUUUGACUUUUGUAAUUACCUUUGCUGUUCUUUUUAUCAUUCUUAAAGGUCCACAGAGUGCAAUAUUCAAAACAUGGUUGCUCGCCAUUUCAACGGUGGCGAUAAUCAUGCCUAGUACUGGUUACACCGGACAUUCCAUGAAUCCCGCUAAUGCAUUUGGUUGGGCAUAUGUAAACAACUGGCACAACACAUGGGAUCAACUUUACGUUAUUGGAUCUGUCCGUUCAUCGGAGCUAUACUGGCAGCAUGGGCGUUCCGACUUUUCUUCCCUCCACUACCACGGGUGAAGAAAGCACAAAAAGCAAAGAAACCAAAGAGAGCGUAAGGGGAUGUAACAAAGUUCGCAUGUCCUCCGUUAAUGACAGACAAUGGGAUAAGUCCAAUGUUUGUGCAAUAAGCAUUCAAUUUCUGUUGAUUAUUUGUACCCACAAUACGAAUGCUUGUAUCGAGUACAUAAUCAUGUUUUCAUUUGUAUUGAAUACAUACUCGUAUUGAA